UUUGAUGGUAGCCCAUCUGUUCACUUGGCCCAUGAAGAGCAAAGGCCCUUCCCCCUUGUGCACUUCGCUGUUGCCGAAAUGGACAAUGUGGUGCGGAAGAUGAGGGAGUGGUCGCCGCCGCCGCCGGCGUCGCCGUCGCUGGUGGUUCACAGCCCCAGGCAGACGGUCAGCCGCCUCCGCAGACGCCGAGCCCACCGCGACUGGGAUCCCUCCUCGGGGUCCCCCUCCUUCGCCGCCCGCGACCACGGCCCCAAGCCGUCGGAGGUGUACGGCUUCGUCGGAUCCAUCACCACCGUCAUCGCCACCGCCGUCUACCUCGCUUGGGCCUACACGCCCGAACCCUGCCUCCGUUCCCUCGGCAUCACCUACUACCCUAGCAAGUACUGGGCAUUGGCGGUGCCAUCGUUCGUGAUUGUUGCGGUGGCACUGUCCAUGGUCAUCUAUAUGGGUCUCAACUUCCUCGCCACUCCUCCCCCGACUUCCUUCAGCACUAUCUUCGAUGAAAAUAGUCGGGAGCGCAUCGUGUUUUCUCCUGCAUUGGAAGAGGAGAAGCCCAUCGAUCCCAUUUCAGACAUUAGUGUUGUUCAGACCAACAAUCUUAUGUUUGGUAAAACCUGAUUGCUCAGAAGAUUGGAGUACCAAGAUGGAGAAAUACAUUAAGUGAACUUUCAGUUUGCCUUCAUAAGAAAUCGGGGAAAUUGAACCUUCAGGAUUUUUUUUUGUGUGUUAAAGAACCCCCAGGCUUCCCCAGUUCCCCUGUGUACAACUUAACGUGUAUCUUGUGUAGUAAUGCAAUGUACGGUACUGUACUCCCACCGUUCCAAAUUGCAGGUCGUUUGACUUUUUCAAUCCCAAGUUUGGUCACUCGUCUUAUUCAAAAAUUUGUGCAAAACAUCACUUUUUUUGUUAUGGCUUACUUUAUUAAUACAAGUUCUUGAAGAAUGGUGUAAAUUUGACUAUGUUUGCAUAAAUUUUUUGAAUAAGACGAGUGGUCAAACUUGGUGUCAAAAAAGUCAAAUGACCUAUAAUUUGGAACGGAGGGAGUAAUAGAUUUUUUUUUGUCUGUAUGAUAGUUCUUUCCUCAGCACAGUUCACCUCUUUGUAAACCAUUUUCCAUCGGCUUGUUAAAUUGAUGGCUUGAUGGCU